AUGGAUGCCAAUAAAUUAAAGAGCUUAAAAAAUUUCUUUGAAUCAGAAUACUUUACUCCUGAAAUGCUUUUACAAAAUAUCUCUAAAUAUAGGGAUUAACCUGAUGUUUUAAAUUUAUUAGUUGAACCAAUGUUAAAUAUGGCAGAACAGACUAUAACUUUUUAUUCACCUUAAUUCUGUUAAUUGCUUAUCAAAACAGAGAUUUAAUAACUUUUUGAAUUCUUUAAGAGGUUGUGUAGUAAAUCAAUCCCAAUGUUUUUUAAUGUACUUUAUUUAUUAAAAGAUUUAAGUUGUAUUGGCUACUUGGGGCAUAUUUACAGUUGGAGAAAAAUAAAAAGAAAAAAUAGAAAAUUGAUUAAUUUUUAAGAGUAACUGAAUCAAUAUUUAUGUUAGCAAAUGGAAAUGUCAAUGGUUAAUGGUUUAUUCAACGAGAAUACAUUUUAAUCAUUGAAUUAAGAAGAAUAAAAUUAAAUCUUAUUAAAGGAUUUUUAAGAAAAAGAUAGAAAAUAAGAAUAUUUCACAGAGGUUUAAAAAUUUAUAGGAACUUUGAUUAAACAUUCAUUAGUUUUAAAAGAAUUUGCAAAAGAAGAUCGUAAACAUCACUUGAAAUUACUCAUUUAAAAAUAAAACUAAUAUUUAUAGAGAAUAGUUAAGAAAUUCUAACAGGGAGUAUCACUACCAUUUUAUGAUGAUGAUAAUAAAGAAUAGAUUAAUUCUUAUUGUAUAGUAAAUAUCUUAGAAAAACAUUAAAUUUGUUUUCAUACAAAAAAAAGAGUACCUUACUUAAUAUUGGUUGAAACAAUAAAGUAAUGACUUAAUUUAUGAGAGAUAGUCCCAUGGAAAUUCAUUUAUUUAAUGAAAUACCAGCAUAAUCUUAAACAAAUAUUGAAGUGAUUGGUUAUGUUGAGGCAUAACUAAAUGAUUAAGGAUUUGAAAAAUAAAUGGCAUAAAUUGAUUAGGAAGAAUAAAAAUUAUAUCAUGAAGCAUUAGAGAAAAUUAUGAAAAUGGAGAAGAAAGGUAAAAGAUAAAGUUAAAUUAUGUUAAGUAUUGAUUAAUAUAUGUAAAAGUAAUUGAAAGUAAUUUAAAUAAAUAAAUUAAAUAAUAGAAAUAAUAAAUAAACGAUGAUUAGGACAAAAAGAGUUUAGAAUUAUCCAAAAAAGAUGUAUAUCAUCGAAAAAGAUUAUAAUCAUUAUAAUUCAUUAAAUAACAUGAAAAUCUAGUUAAAUCAAAAUCUUUAGAAAAAAAUGAACAAAAAUAUGAUUAAUUUUAAAAGGAAUUAUAAAUGAUUUUACCAGUAGAAAAGUUAUACAUAUUAAAAAAAUUCAAGAAAAAAACUUUUCAAUUAUGGGAUUAAGUAAAUAAUCAUAUAAUUUAAUAAGAGUUGGGAAGAAAAAAUAAAGAUUUAUAAAAAAGAAUCAAGAUAUUAGAACUUCCCUUCUUUUAAAAUUAGACCAAUCAUAAUAAAAGGAGGUGAUGAUCUUAGGUAAGAAAUGUUCGCAAUUCAGAUGAUGAAAUAAUUCAAUAAGAUAUUCAAAGAAUCAGAAUUAAAUUUAUAUUUAAGACCAUAUCAAAUUAUAGUAACUUCGGCUAACUCUGGGAUUGUGGGUAUAGAAUAUCUACAUUAAUAGAGUAUAUUCCAAAUACUUAAUCAAUUGAUUCUCUCAAAAAGAUGUUUGGAAAUGGUACUAAGACUUUGUAUUAAAUUUAUUAAGAGAUUUUUGGUAGUGGUUUUGAAGAAGCUUAAAAAAAUUUUAUUGAAAGUUUAGCUAGUUAUUCUUUAUUUUCAUAUUUGAUGUAGGUAUGUAGUAAUGUACCAAUUUUUUUUAUAGGUUAAGGAUAGACACAACGGAAAUUUAUUAAUAGAUGACAGAGGUCACAUUAUUCAUAUUGAUUUUGGUUUUUUAUUGUAAACUUCUCCAGGUGGAGUAAAUUUUGAAUCAGCUCCGUUUAAAUUGACUCAAGAAUAUGUAGAAUUAAUGAAAGGUAGAGAAAGUGAUUAUUUUGGAUAUUUUAAAACAUUAAUAACAAAAGGAUUUUUAGCUUUAAAAAAAUACAUUAGAGAGAUAGAGAAUUUUUUUAUGAUAAUGGUUGAAAAAUCAGAUUUACCUUGUUUUGCAAAUUUAGAUAUAAAAGCAUUUACAAAUAGAUUUUAAUUAAAUUCUACUGAUAAGGAAGUAUAAAAAAUUUUUUAUAAAAGAUUAUGGAUUUAGUGGAUCGAUUAAUAAAUCAAAGUUUAUCUAGUUGGAGAACUGCAUAAUAUGAUAAUUUUCAAAAGAGAACAAAUGGAAUAUUACCAUGA